AUGGAGACAAUUGUUAUUCUCGUGUGCUACAAUGGAAAAUGGGUCACCUCGAAGAAGAUGUGCAAAUACGAAGGGGGUGAGUCAAAAGGCUUAAUAGUUCCAUGGACCAUCAAAUUUGCUGAACUGUUAGACCGUGUGCAUCAGAUUGGUAAUACAAACAGCAGGGAAGACAAGGUUAGCUUAAAAUUCUCAAUUUUGGUGGCCUCGAAUGAGUCGAAGAACAUAAAGAUUGAGGACGAUGAUGAUGUCAAAUUUUUUAUGAAGUACAAUUCUGAGGUAACACCUUCAAAACUAGCUCCCUUACUUGUGAGAAUAGAAGAUAAAGGACUGACAAAUGAUGUAGUUGAUAGUAUGCAUAUCACGACAGAUAGUAGUCGGAUGGGUCGUUCUUUAGUUGCCAUUGUUGAAAGCAAUGAAGUAACUUGGAAUAAUACAAAUGGCACUGAUGUGGGAGGUGAAGUAGAGACAGAUUUUAUGGAUAUGAUUGAUUUUAGCGAGGUGGAUCAGGUGCAUGGUGGUGAUAAUGUCCGAGCAUCGAGAGUUGGAGAAUACAGCUUCAUGAUUGUGAGGUGUACAACUGUUCAUGAAUGUAAUUUGAGGUUUGUAAGUGACAACCAUCUUCAAGCAACUGCAGCACUUGUAGCCACUUCAUUUAAAAGGACGUUUAAGGAUUCUCGGACAAUAUACACAACAAGUGACAUUAUGAGAGAUGUGAAACACAAGUUUGGUUUCAGCAUCCAUUAUUCGAAAGCUUGGAAAGCAAGGGAGUUAGCUCUAUUGUCCAUUAGAGGAUCAGCGGAGGAGACAUAUUAUAUCCUUGCAGCUUAUUGCUAUGAAUUGGAGCGUAUGAAUCCCGGCACAAAAACACACAUCCAAACUGAUGAGAACAAUCACUUUGUGUAUUUCUUUAUGGCGGUUGGCGCAUGUAUUAGAGGGUUUCGUUCUUCCAUGCGCCCAGUGAUAACCGUGGAUGCCACUCAUUUAAAAUCAAAGUACAAGGGUGUUAUGUUUGUAGCAAAUGCAUUCGAUGGUAAUCGAAAUCUAUAUCCUCUUGCUUUUGGGAUCGGGGAUUUGGAGACGGAUGCAUCAUGGCAUUGGUUUUUCACUAAACUUCAUGAAGCCAUUGGUGAGUGUCUCAAUCUUGUUAUUAUUUCUGAUCGCAAUGUUAGCAUAGAGAAUGUGUGGAACAAAGUUUUACCAACUGCGCAACAUGGCAUAUGCUUUUAUCAUAUGAAGGGGAAUAUGAAACGCACUUGCAAGUUGAAAAAGCAUGAUCACAUACUUAUGCACUGUGAGAAGGCUGCGAAAUCUUAUUCCAUUGCUGAAUUUGAUUGUCAUUUUAGCAAGAUCAAGCGAAAGGAACUUGUUGCUCAAUAUCUUGAAGAGGCAGGGUUACAUAAGUGGUCUAGAGCUCACAUGGAUGGACGCCGCUACAAUGUAAUGACGACAAAUAUUGCGGAGUCAAUCAACUCAGUCCUUAGGUUUGCAAGGAUGAUGCCAGUGGUUCAUUUGAUAGGGGAAAUUAUUAAUCUCUUUGUGAAAUGGUUCACCGAACGUCGUGACUUGGCUUUGAAUUGCACAACAACAUUGUGCCCCAAUUUUGGAGAGAAGAAGUUGAGGAACAAGUUGGAGGAUGCUGCAAGGAUGAAUGUGGUUAAACUAAAUAAUGCGCAGUAUAAUGUUUUGGACGGUUAUAUGGACGGCCUCGUAGAUUUGACGAACAACAGUUGUAGUUGUAGAAAGUUUCAGCUUGAGCAGCUACCUUGCAAGCAUGUAGUUGCAGUUUGCCGCUUCUUGAAAGUAAAUGUAUACUCAAAGGCUUCUCGGUAUUACACUCGGAAAACUUGGAUGUGCUUAUUCGGAUAG